CGCUCUGACAGCCCCCGGCGCUCCCUCCGCGGCGGGCACAGCGGCUCCCGGCGGCGGCGGCGGCGGCGGCGGAGGAGGAGGAGGAGGAGGAGGACGGUGGUGGUCAGCGGCCGCCCCCCUUCCCCCCCGACCCCUCGGUGGGGACCAUGUUCGCCAAAGGGAAGGGCUCGGCGGUGCCCUCGGACGGGCAGGCGCGGGAGAAGCUGGCGCUCUACGUCUACGAGUACCUGCUGCACGUCGGAGCCCAGAAGUCGGCGCAGACCUUCCUGUCCGAGAUCCGGUGGGAGAAGAACAUCACGCUGGGAGAGCCCCCCGGCUUCCUGCACUCCUGGUGGUGUGUGUUUUGGGACCUUUACUGCGCAGCUCCCGAAAGGCGAGACACUUGUGAACAUUCGAGUGAAGCGAAAGCCUUUCAUGACUAUAGCGCAGCUGCCGCCCCGAGUCCCGUGCUUGGAAACAUUCCCCCGAACGACGGGAUGCCCGGGGGCCCCAUCCCACCCGGUUUCUUCCAGGGACCGCCUGGGUCACAGCCCUCGCCACACGCACAGCCUCCACCCCACAAUCCUAACAGCAUGAUGGGACCCCACAGUCAGCCGUUCAUGUCGCCGCGCUACGCUGGAGGUCCCCGGCCCCCCAUCAGGAUGGGCAACCAGCCUCCAGGCGCCGUUCCUGGUACACAGCCAUUGCUGCCCAAUUCGAUGGAUCCCACGCGACAACAAGGGCACCCUAACAUGGGCGGCCCCAUGCAAAGGAUGAAUCCUCCACGAGGGAUGGGCCCCAUGGGUCCCGGUCCGCAGAACUACGGCAGCGGCAUGAGACCUCCACCCAACUCCCUAGGUCCCGGCAUGCCUGGAAUUAACAUGGGGCCAGGAGCCGGCAGACCGUGGCCGAACCCCAGCAGUGCUAACUCAAUCCCAUACUCUUCUUCAUCGCCUGGUACAUAUGUGGGUCCGCCUGGUGGCGGCGGUCCUCCAGGAACACCCAUCAUGCCCAGUCCUGCAGAUUCAACAAAUUCAAGUGACAACAUCUACACAAUGAUUAAUCCAGUACCGCCCGCAGGCAGUCGAUCGAAUUUCCCAAUGGGCCCUGGCUCUGACGGCCCCAUGGGCGGCAUGGGCGGCAUGGAGCCCCAUCACAUGAACGGAUCAUUAGGGUCAGGAGACAUAGAUGGACUUCCAAAAAAUUCUCCAAACAACAUAAGUGGCAUUAGCAAUCCCCCGGGCACUCCAAGAGACGAUGGGGAGCUGGGAGGCAACUUUCUCCAUUCCUUCCAAAAUGACAAUUAUUCCCCCAGCAUGACGAUGAGUGUGUGAUUUCCCUCCCCCUCCUCUCCAGGAUCAAGAGAGUCAGCUGCCGUUCGGAGGAUCUCAACGAAUUAUGCAAGAAGAAGAAGAAUCUAGGUGUAUGGGCAGGGAGACGCGUGGCGGGGGCCAAAACCCCAGGUUUAGUUUCAUGCAAUAAAAAGGCUGAACUUUUUAUUCCAUAAAACAUGAAGGACAAAACUUAAAAUAUUUCAAGAUGACAAGACCCUUCUUUGUGCAGAAGGGUUUAUAUAUGUACAUGACACUUCUUUUUGGAAACAAACGGAAGCCUCUAGCACCCAACUCCGAUCUCUUUGCUUUGUUUUAAAUAAAGACAGAAACCGAACCUGUUGUAUGUUUGUGCCGUGCAACACCAGGAAGCUAGUCUAGAUAUGAAAUCUCAUGUUGUCUCUGUUGUAGUCAUUUUUUUAAAUAAACUGGACAGUUUACAAUG